CUUCUUUUUAUAUUUGUGGUUUUACACAGCCAAGCAACCAGGUUUGCCCACAAAACGAAUUCCAAAGGUUUGAUUCGUUGCGAGCCUUUGCAUUCAUGAUCAUGAAAUGCGUGAAAUACUUUCUUUGUGUUCAAUUCCGAUUCAGUCGCGAAAAUCGGUGUUUUGUGCCACUGAAUACUUCACUCCACUGCUUUAGCGACGCGCACAGCCCGAAGUAUUUUUCGACUGUAAAAAUGCGUAAGAUAGCUUCCCUUGUUCUGCUAUUAACCGGUAUAACAAUCGUUCUGAGCGUAAACAUCAUCAUUCUCACAAAAAACAUAUGA